CCCCAUCAAAAACAACAAACCCCGUGAAUGAAUGGCACACCACUACUACUUUGUGUGUGUGUGAGAGAGAAGGGCUGUGAUUGAGAUUUUAAACGAGACCAAAGUAGAGGAGGAGGAAAAGUAAGAUGCGAUUGUGAAUUGAAAGAUGCGAUGUAACCGCAGAUUGUUAUGUGUGAAAGUAAAGAGUUUCCUGCUGCUGCUCGUCGUACUGCCCUCGUUCAUAUUUUUGGUAACGUUUAUUAGUAGACGACCCUCGAUUUUAAAUAGUGUAUUAUAUCGUGCAGUCGAUUUGAAUGUGGCGAACGCGCAAUUCCGACCCGGCCACUUUCUGAACGAGUACAGGGUGAGUAACGAGAGCUACUGCACUUUCAAGUACAACUUACCGGAUAAAUUUCGUUAUGCGGAGACGGACUUGGAGUAUAGUCCUGAACUCGCAGCCAAAAGCUCGUAUAGGGUUCUGUACAACGUGCUGGAAGCGAAGGAAACUUUGAAUUCUAGUGCGCCGGUGACGUACGCCACCCACGUUACACCUGAGUUUAUCAACUACAUAUCAGAAAUAGCUCGGCAUUGGGACGGUUUGAUCAGCGUCGCUGCUUUUGUCCCGGACGAUGACGCCGACUUUAUCACUUCGCAACUCCUACAGAUUUGUCAAUGUCUACCGGAGAUGUCAAAAGUCUCCGUUCACUAUGUUUUUCCUAAAUCGUACCCACCGUACAUCAAGAACCAUUCGAUCCCUACGACGUGCACCCUACAGGACUCUUCCACCCAUUCAACAUAUCGUACAACAAACAAACUUCCAUAUCCUGUGAACAUCGGGAGGAACGUGGCCCGACGUGCUUCCAAGACGGACUACGUGCUUGUAUCCGACGUUGAACUGAUGCCCAGCGACAGAUUAGCUUCCAAAUUCGAAGACAUGAUGAAGCAGUUCGCAAGCUUGAGACGUCUCAGUUUUCCGUCCCGCGUAUUCGUUGUACCUGUAUUCGAGAUUGAAGAGUUCGAAGCCAUUCCGAGGAGUAAAGAUGAACUGGUCAAGCUCAUCAGAGAGGAGAAAGCUUUGUACUUCCACAGGCACAUAUGUUCCCAUUGCCAAAAGUUUCCCGGACUCGAAACUUGGAUCCAGCACGAAGCAAACGGACUGCUGAAGCCUCUCAUGGUCGUGAAGAGGGAAUAUCCCUUUCAUCGCUGGGAACCAAUUUACAUCGGAACCAAAAACGAACCGUUUUACAGCGAGCGCCUUUCGUGGGAAGGAAAACAAGAUAAAAUGACCCAAAUGUUGGAGAUGUGCCUUAAAGGAUACGUAUUCAUUAUACUCGACAAUGCAUUUCUGAUCCAUUGGCCCGGUGUCAAACGAAAAUCGCCGGAAAUGAAGUUGAAGGCCAAAUGGAGGCUUCCUUACUUAAUGAAAAACACUAGACAAUAUAAUCAAAUAAUAAGUCACUUAGCCACUACCCAUAAGAAUAAUCCUAAGUGCAAGUUACAAUAAGUUACAAUACUUCCAGUAAUACGAAUAAUGGAAGAUACUAAAGAUCCUAGUGAGAAUAUUUCUAUAAGAAAUUUA